UGUGAUUUGUGCUGCGUCUGAAGAAACGACAUUUGUCAAACAGCAGAGAACGCUCUUAACUUUUUGACUGGGAUCUGUUUAUUUCUUUCUAGAGAUAAAGUAAGCAGACGAUGGCACGGCUUGUUUCAAAAUCGACCGAAUUGGUAAAACUUGGUGUUAAUCACAUGAAGCCUAUACUGCAAGUAUGGUCACAGUACGCCAAAGUAGAACUGACGCCACCUACUCUAAAAGACAUCUCUGCAAUUCGUAGUGGAUUUUCACAGUUGAUUCAUUCUGCACGGACUGGGCGUUAUCGUGAUGUCACUGUACGUGAAGGUAUCAUAAAUACCUUAGUAGCUGCUGAAAUAUAUUGCUGGUUCUUUGUUGGAGAAUGUAUCGGAAAGCGGCAUAUUGUUGGAUAUGAUGUAUAAAUAGAUAUAUAAUCUUAUAUAGAAUCCUGUAUAAAUUAGAUUUGCUCAUAAAUAUAUUAUACAAAAAUAUAA